AUGGAUCUUUUUGAUAAAGGAUCGUAUGCAGACAAGGUGUGGAUUCAGUGUGAAUAUGAAGAUUGCUUGAAGUGGAGGCUUUUGACAAAGGAAGAUGCUGCAUGUGUGGAUUUAAGUUUGCCCUGGUACUGUGACAUGAAUAGUGAUUCUAGCUUUAAUUGCUGUUCUGUGCUUGAAGAGAGUUUCCCCAAGAAAAAUGUAUUCCACCAACAUGGAUUGAAACUUGUCUACUCACAACUUCCUGUGGGAAGUCUGGUUAAAACAAAAGUGCCAGGAUGGCCCAGAUGGCCUUCCAUCCUCUGUACCGAAGGUUUGACUGGAGAAUAUGUAAUAUAUGACAAAGAUGGUUAUGUGGAACAAUAUCAUACAGAAUUCUUGGGAAAGCCACAUACCAGGUCUUGGAUUUCAGUGGGACAAGUUGAGCCUUAUUACACAAGAGGCAAAUUGGCAGAACACUUCAAAAGAUCCACACAGUGGUAUAAAAGCGCAUUGGAAGAAGCAAGAAUGUUGUCAGAACUUACAACUGAAGAACGACUAAAAAUGUGCAAGCUAAGCAAUGAUGCGUUGAAGAAAUCAGACAGUAGAAAGAGUAGAAAAAUUGUGCGAAAUAAAUCAACUUCAGGGGAAAAAGAGAAAAUGGUGAAAGACCAUCAGAAGUCUAAAAGAUGGAUAAGACAACCUACAUCAAGAAAACAUAAAAGGAAAAUUCGAAGGACUACACAGGAAUCUUCAUUAACAAUUGGACAAAAUGAUAUAUUGGCAUUGGCAAAUGAAACCAAUGAUAUUUUUCAGGCAGAAAAUUUAUUGCAGGAUUUGGAAAAAAUGCUGAAGCAAAUUAAUGAUUCUGACAAACUUGCUCAUUCAUUUAUGCUAGAAAAACAAGAUGGUGGCAAAAUUCAAGGCCAGAAAAACAAGUUAUCCAACUGGAAUGUGGCAGCUUCUGAAGAGAUAGAACUGCAGGAUUUCACUGGGGCUGAAGAUUGCACUGUUAUAGAUGGAAUAGAAUUCAGGACUGGGAAGUACAUUGAAGAAAUUGCAAACCAGCUGAAAGAAAUUGAUGUAAUCAUGGCUGAGAUGGAAGGUUAUCUUUAA